AUGCCACACUUAACAAUAGAGCUACCCCACUUGAUCAUAGAGCUGCCCCACGUGACCAAAAGUCUUUUCCACUUGACAGAAAAACAACAUCAUGUGACCCAAAAACUAUUCUGCACAACACAGAAACUGUCCCAAGUGACACAGAAGCUGCCCCGCCACACUUACAAUAGAGCUGCCCAACUUGAUCACAGAGCUGCCCCACUUGAUGAAAAGGCUUUUCCACUUGACAGAAAAACAACCUCAUGUGGCCCAAAAGCUAUUACGCACAACACAGAAACUGUCCCAAGUGCCACAGAAGCUGCCUUGCUUGACACAGAAGCUGCCCCACUUGACAUACAAGCUGCCCCACUUGACAUACAAGCUGCCCCACUUGACAUACAAGCUGCCCCACUUGACAUACAAGCUGCCCCACUUGACAUACAAGCUGCCCCACUUGACAUACAAGCUGCCCCACUUGACAUACAAGCUGCCCCACUUGACACAGAAACUGCCCCACUUUUCACAGAAGCUGCCCCACUUUUCACAGAAGCUGCCCCGCUUUUCACAGAAGCUGCCCCACUUUUCACAGAAGCUGCCCCACUUGACACAGAAGCUGCCCCACUUGACACAGAAGCUUCCCCACUUGACACAGAAGCUGCCCCACUUGACACAGAAGCUGCCCCACUUGACAUACAUCCUGCCCCACUUGACAUACAAGAUGCCCCACUUGACAUACAAGCUGCCCCACUUGACAUACAAGCUGCCCUCUUGGCAAAGAAGCUGCCCCACUUGACAAAGAAGCUGCCUCGCUUAACAAAGAAGCUGCCCCACUUAAUAUAG